AAUACGGAUGGACAGCGAUUGAUUGCGUCCACAGGGCGAGAUCUCCCCGAGUCCAAAAAGAUGAGCUGUCGCCAAACGAAACCGCAAACCCGCAUGCCAUACUAGACAAACAUCGCGCUGAAAUAAAUAUCAACUGAGAUUAAAGGAAAAAACUCAUCCUGGACAAUAGGAGAGAGCGACAUUUAAGCAUGUCGACCUGAGCAUCUUCUUUAAAGCUACUUGGGGCGAGUCGGAGCGCUCACGAUCUGCACAUCAGGGGGAUUAAGACGCCUUAUUUCAAAAUGGGAAUGAUGAAGACAUGGGAUGAUUACCAUGGCAACGACAGGGCGUUUCGCAUUUGCAAACUGGCUAUGCGUUGGGCUACAACGACCUGCGUGCUGCUGUCGCUGACCAAAGCCGAGCGGUGCCCGGCGGGCUGCACCUGUGCCGAAAGCACAAGGACCGUCACCUGCCGUGGCUUGCAGGAAGGAGACUUACCCAUGGAUUUUCCCCACUGGGUUACCAAUCUGAUUGUGAAGGGGAACAACAUCUCGAUUUUGGUCAGUGAGGUCUUCUCGCCCUACGGGACUCGGCUGGAGCUAUUGAACCUGUCGCUGUCGGAAAACAACAUCCAGAUAGUCGAAGGAGGCGCCUUCCUGGGACUUGCUCACUUGCAGAGGUUGGAUUUGAGCGGCAAUCGGCUGUUUUCGAUCUCCGUGCGUGCCUUCAGUGGCUUACAGGAGCUGAGGUAUCUUUGUCUGAACAACUCCCUGACCAGUUUAGCCGUCGCACAGGUGUCGGGUGCACUUACAACCGGCACUUUGCGCCGGCUCCAGUGGCUAGAACUGUCGGGGAACCGCUUAAAGACUGUUCCUCUGAACACACUGGAUAAGCUCAACCUGCAAGUACUGGACUUGACGAAUAACUCCAUCCAGACCAUUGGUAAAGAAAACGUCUCAAGGCUGUCCGAGCAUAAGGCGAUACGCGUGUUUCUGGCUUCCAACCCUUUUGAUUGUAACUGCGAUCUGCAGAGUUUGCAUUUCUGGUUGCAGAACGCAUCACAAUGUCCGGACGCCAGCCUUUUACGGUGCUCGGAGCCCGAGGGCAGAAGGGGAAGACCCCUAGAGAAACUCCACAGGGAAGACCUGGAUUGCACAAGCGCUGACCUGGAAGCCGUGUCUUACGUGUUUCUUGGAAUAGUUUUGGCCCUGAUUGGCGUCGUGUUCCUCAUGGUUUUGUAUUUAAACAGAGAAGGCAUCAAAAAAUGGCUAAACAACAUCAGAGAAGCCUGUCGCGAUCAAAUGGAGGUGUACCAUUACAGAUAUGAGCAGGACUGCGAUCCAAGACUUGCUAAUGUGGCUGUAUAAGCUGAUUUCAUUCAUGACAUUGCUUAUUUAUACCAUAUUUAGACUAUAUUCAAUUUCCAGUUCGCUGAAAUAUAAUAUGUCUUAUUGACUGAUUCAUAUUCAGUAAUGGGAUACAAUAUGAUAGAUGCCUAUGGGUAACGUUCUAUUGCUAUUUCUUGUUCUUAUUGAAUUACAUUUAGAAACAAAGCUAGCCCUUAAUCAUGUUGUGGGAAACUGUGUGAAUUAGAGAAAUCCGUUAGAUCUGCUGAUUAGAUGAUGUUCGUGCAAAUACGGUAACCUAUAUACUUAUGCAAAAGUGUUUAGUUUGAAAGCUGAUAUUUAGCUUUUCGGAUAUAGGAUCGUUUAAGUUAAGGAUGUUAAUUAUCACAUCAGUAUAAAGAUAAAAGGUAACUAUAGGUAACUUUUUGCAGUCAACACGGACUCAUGUAUUAUACGCGAUAUGUCGCUUCUGGUAAAAACACGAUCUCAGUGACUUGCUUCAGUAGAAAUAAACGACGUGUAUAAUAACUGUACAUAUGUAAAUGGGAAUAAAGCGGUACUCUAUUA